UGUUUCAGAAAAAUCAAAAACAAAACAAAUUAAAGUGAUAAAAUGGGACCUAUUGUGAUUUUUUCAUGUUUUGUUUCUUAUCUCUUAUUGGUUCUAUGUGCAGUUACAAUCCACGUCCAAGCUGACGUUUGGCUUAACGCUCAUGCAACAUUCUAUGGAGCCAAUCAAAGUCCCACCACCCUUGGAGGAGCAUGUGGUUAUGAUGAUACCUUCCAUGCUGGGUUUGGGGUGAACACAGCAGCAGUGAGCACUAUGCUAUUUAGAGAUGGUGAAGUAUGUGGUGCUUGCUACCAAGUCAUAUGUGACUAUAGAAUGGAUCCAAAAUGGUGUCUUAGAAGACAAAGUGUGACAAUCACUGCCACAAAUUUUUGCCCUCCAAACAAUCAUGGAGGAUGGUGUGAUCCUCCUCACCACCAUUUUGAUAUGUCAAUGCCUGCUUUCUUUCGCAUUGCACGACAAGGCAAUGAAGGCAUUGUUCCUGUCCUUUAUAAAAGGGUGGCAUGCAAAAGAAGAGGUGGAGUAAGGUUCACAUUAAAGGGGCAAUCAAAUUUCAACAUGGUGAUGAUAACAAACGUGGGUGGAAGCGGUGAUGUAAAUGGAGUAUGGAUCAGAGGAUCAAGAAGUGGAUCUUGGUUACCAAUGCACAGAAAUUGGGGUGCUAAUUGGCAAAGCAGUGCAGAUCUAAGAAACCAGAUACUCUCAUUCAAGAUUACUUUGGUUGAUGGGAAAACAUUACUGUUUCUUAAUGUGGUUCCUUCCACUUGGAAAUUUGGACAGACAUUUUCAUCCCACAAUCAAUUCUUUUAGUUUCUCUCUCUCAUCAUGACCUGGAAACAGAGACAUAUAUCAAACAUGUCCCAAUAUACCUUGCAAUUUUUAAAAGGCAUUAGUGGAUGUGGAGGUUAUUAUAUAUUUAUAUGAUAAAGCUUAUUUCUUCUUUUUUAAAUUUCAUUUUGUUUCACACAAUUUGAUAAUACAGAUGUAAUUUUCUUAUUCAGAAUCAAAGUUUGUAUGAUAUAUGCUCCGAUCACAGGGAUAUUAAGUGUUUGUUAUUUCAUUCAUAUAGAAAUUGAUUUGAUAAAAGUGAUUCCUUUAUGGCUUUUUA